AGAGAUGUUUGCUACACUGCCUUUUAAAAAACAAAUAUUUUUCUUCCAGAUCCUCCUAAGAACACCUCAGUGUCAGUCAGUCCCUCUGGAUCAGUGUUAGCGGGCAGCUCUGUGACUCUGACCUGCAGCAGUAAUGCCAACCCAGCAGUGCAGAACUACACCUGGUAUAAAGUGAAUGGGACAGAGAUAAACACUGUAGGAACUGGACAGAAUCUCACCUUCAAUGUGACUGAGUCCAGUGGCAGUGAACAGUACUACUGUGAAGCACAGAAUGAACAUGGCAAGGAGAACUCAACAACUGUACAGCUGAAUGUGAUAUACAUGCCUCAGAUCUCUGGUUCUGGGAGCUGCAGCAGAACUGAAGCAGAGAUCAGCUGCUCCUGUGAGAGCCGUGGGAAUCCCUCUCCCAGCAUGGAGUGGCGUGUGUCUGGACUGCGGGUCACUAACUCUACUGAGAGAGUCAUCAGGGAGGAGCAGCUGGGGAACACAGGCCUGAGGAGCUCCCUCACCAUGCGCCAAUCACAGGGAGACACGCCCACUCUCCUCUGCAUCAGCACCAACACUCUCGGCAACUCCAGCCUCCAGCUCCACGUCCCGUUUCCACAGCAACACUCAGGUUUUCUCAUUACCUCACUGCUGAUUGGUGCAGCUGCCAGUGCUGGUGCCAUGAUGAUGAUAUGCCUCAUAAUGCAGCACAUUCUAAAGAAGAAGAGACACAUCCAGCGCUCUGGAAGUAGAAUGAAGGACAGCGAAGGGAUCAUACUGACAGAUGGGACAGCCGCUCAAGAUGAGGAAUCGAUCUACGUCAACAUGACCAUGCUGUCGGGCGCGAGUGCGAUGGAAAAGGGGGACGAGGGCGCCCUGCACUAUGCCACCGUGGAUUUCUCCAAACUUCCCGGCACGGGUGGGGAACACGGAACGGGCAUCGUCCGGGGCACUUCCAAACGGACGCCUGACUACGCCAUGAUCCGACACAAAUCCAGGGAAGAGAGAGAAGGAGCAGAGGAAGAAGGUCAGGAGGUGCAGGAGCAGAUGGGGAAGGAGGGCCAAGCUGAGCUGGGGAUUCAGCCGAGGCGAGGGAGGGCACGGCAGGGACUGCAGCAGCCGCCCGGAAACCCUGCUGCAGAGGAGGAGCAGGAGGAGCAGCGCCAGGAGGAGAACUCAGCAGGAGGCCAGGAGGACAUUUACGUGGACGUCAUGAGCUCCCUGACGGAGGGCUACGGAAAGGGAACAGAGGAGAGUGAGUACGUCGAGGUCAUCGCCGGAACGUGCAGCAACAAUGCCACGCUCAGGGUGUGCUCGCAUUG